GACCAAACCUCAUUCAUUCAGAUUCAAGAAAUCCAAAGGAAUCACAUAAAUGCGCAUUCGAAUCCAUGCUGGAGAAGCCUGGUGCCCCAAGGAGCAUGAUAUUCAAUACAUCAGGGAGUGCCUUGGCCCAGACCUUGGAUAUGUAUGUCUACAGACGACUCCAGUACUCAAUGCAUUCAGUGUUCUAGUGCCUCCUGAUUGGAAUGCAGCUGGACUGGAGGUGGUGAAAGCACCCAUCCCAAAUUACUUUCCAGAAAUGUCUGAAGACAAAGUCCACGCUUGGCAUGUGUUUUCUCCAGCCACCCAGCAUUCCAUGGAACCAGUAUUGUACUUUCAAAAGCUGACAGACUACAAGAACACUUCAACUGAAUUCACUGCCGGCAUAACUCCAACCAUGCAAUCCUACCUGGCGAACCGGACCAUUGCAACAGCCCAUCAUCGGUUCCAUUGGCAGUCGGAGACUGGGUAUAUGUGCUGGGACCAACGACCUUCAUCCGGGGAUGUUGGCCGUCGUCUAUACAGAGGAGAAAACGUGACGGCCAUGGAUGGGAAAGAUGACCUCCGUAGAAGAGAAAGAAGUGACCAUCCACUGCGUCUCCAGGCCCUUUGGACGAUGGCGGCGGGAUCUUACGAGGCCGAUCGUCCAAUGGAUGAAUAUUGGGCUCCCCUCAUCCUUCGAUUCUGUGCAAACUGUGUUUUUGUCUACUGA